ACUUUAGUCUAUAUUUUGAUGGCACUGCUCAAGGUGUGUGCUCGCCGACGGAAAAACUCGUAUGAAAAUUGUGAAAACCAAAAGCUAGCUGCGCCAUGUACUGCACCACCCGACUGCUCAGAUACGUGCUGUGUGUCAUCAGUGGCAUCUGUGCCCUAGGUGGCUGCCUGCUCAUCUGGUACGGCGCCUGGCUGCUGGACAGCCUCUCCGACGAGCAGCGGGUGUUGGGCAUGGAUCACGGCGAGGACCUGGCCGCCCUGCUCUGCGUCCUACUGGGCACCGUCAUCGUAGUGGGCAGCAUAUUCGGAUGGAUGGCUGUGGCCAAGGACUCCAGGGCGCUGUUGAUCUGCUAUGCAGUUUUGCUGGUCUUCCUCUUGAUCGUUCAGUUUGUAAUGGUCAGCAUAAGUUAUGCCGCCAGCCGAGAUUCCCUGCCGGAUUCUUUGACGCAAGGACUUGAUGAUCUGUGGGAUGCGCAUCACGAAGGCAACAGCACCCUGAACACCUACGAGGAGUGGCUUCACUGCUGUGGCCGCAGAAGUGCCGAGGACUACCUGCACUUGGAGAAAAUGCCCCCGCCAAGUUGUUGUCUCGAUCGGGACUGCACCAAGCCAAUGAAUCUCUUCAUGACGGGCUGCGAAGUCAAGUUCAAGGAGUAUGUCAGCGCAAAGACUUCCAACUUCCACUCGCUAAGUUGGAUCCUUGUAUUCUUUGAGUUCGCCGGCUCGGUGACCACCUGCUACCUGGUUGACAGCAUUCGCAAUCAUCGCGACCGCAUAAGAUUCUAUAAUUAAGAAAGUAUUUACGAACCGUAUUAUCGUUAUUUGUUGUGAAUAAUUUCCUAGCCACACGGCCCUGGCGAAUUGUGAUUGUAGCUUACGAUGAUUAACCAAGUUAGGCUACAGAUACCAAGUAUUCAUUCAUAAAACUGUAAACUGGCACCCACGCCUAGACAUAAUUCGAAACGAAAAUAAAUAAGCCCGUUGCCAUUGACUAAACUUUUA